GAGGAAGAGGAACGGCGCCAUCUUGUUUGUUUAGCGCGUCAGUGAGUCGGUGGGAGGAGGGGUGCGGGAAAAGUGCAGCACGGUAGCCGAAAAGACAGCGCGCUCUUCGGUACCGGUUCAUUGGUUUCCCACCUCUCUUUAUGAGAAGGAGCUGGGACAAUGUUCUACGCCCACUUUGUCCUCAGCAAGCGUGGGCCGCUGGCCAAAAUUUGGCUGGCGGCCCACUGGGAUAAGAAGCUGACCAAGGCGCAUGUGUUUGAGUGCAACCUGGAGAGCAGUGUGGAGAGCAUCAUCUCCCCCAAGGUUAAAAUGGCUCUGCGCACCUCUGGCCACUUGCUGCUUGGUGUGGUCAGAAUAUAUCACAGGAAGGCCAAGUAUCUGCUAGCUGACUGUAAUGAAGCCUUCAUCAAGAUCAAGAUGGCUUUUCGUCCAGGUGUGGUUGAUCUACCGGAAGAGAAUCGAGAAGCAGCUUACAAUGCUAUUACUCUACCAGAGGAAUUUCACGAUUUUGACCAACCUCUUCCUGACCUAGACGAUAUUGAUGUAGCACAGCAAUUCACACUGAACCAAAGUCGAGUGGAAGAGAUCACCAUGAGAGAGGAAGUGGGCAAUAUUAACAUUCUGCAGGAGAAUGACUUUGCUGACUUUGGGAUGGAUGACCGGGAGAUGAUGCGAGAGGAGAGUGCGUUUGAGGUAGACAUCAUCCAUGGGGCCUCUGCCUCUAACCUGCUGCUGGAAGCUGAACCUGGGGCGGGCCAGAUAGUGGAAAAGUCCAACCACCUGGAGUAUGACGCGCAGUACAAAGAUGAUGACUUUGGGGACAAUCCCAUGGAAAGCAGUGAGGGGGGCAUGUUAGUGGAUAAAUUGCUCAGCAAUGAGGAUGGAGGGGGCAUUUUUGAUGACCCACCAGCUAUCGCGGAGAGUGUGAUGAUGCCGCAGGAUCACGGUGGAGAUGACGAAGACGACUUUGACAACUUGUCCCCGGCUGGGCCUGACAGCCCAGACUCCGGACAGGCAGAGCGCCUGCCAGCCAUGACUGACCAGACGGAACAGACCACACUUGUUCACAAUGAAGAAGAGGCCUUUGCUCUUGAGCCCAUUGACAUCACAGUGAAAGAAACGAAGGCGAAGAGGAAGAGGAAGCUGAUCGUGGACAGCGUGAAGGAGCUGGACAGCAAGACCAUCCGUGCGCAGCUGAGCGACUACUCCGAUAUCGUCACCACGCUGGAUUUGGCCCCGCCUACAAAAAAGCUGAUGAUGUGGAAGGAGACGGGAGGUGUGGAGAAGCUGUUCUCCCUGCCAGCUCAGCCGCUGUGGAACGGCCGGCUGCUUAAGAUGUUCACGCGGUGUCUGACCCCGCUGGUGCCAGACGAGCUACGCAAGAAGAGGAAGGGAGGUGAGGCUGACAGCCUUGAUGAGUUCCUCAAGGACCUGGGGAACCCAGAGGUGCCUCGUGAGGAACAGAGAGAUGUGACUGACCAGACCAUCAUGGAGGAACCCAGUGUCCUGCAGGCUUCAGCCAUAGAGGGCAGCCGGACCACUCUAGAUGAGUCUGUCAUGCCACCCCCCUCCACGCAACGUGGGGUCAAACGCAAGGCCCAGGAGCCUGAACCUGCCUUGCCAAUGGGCACCCUGGAGCAGCAGCUGGAGCGAUCUGCAGUGGCUCAGCAGCUGGACAUGUCCCAGGUUGACCUGCCCCCUGAGGAAACUACCAACCUUACACAGCUCAUCCCUGAGCUGGACCUUCUGGGAGAGAAGGGCAAGGAGAAAGAGAAGGAUGAUGAAGAGGAGGAGGAGGAGGGCCAGGGUGGAGACCAGGACCAGGAGGAGAGGAGAUGGAACAAAAGAACUCAACAGAUGCUCCACGGGCUUCAGAGGGUCCUGGCAAAGACGGGAGCAGAGUCCAUCAGCCUGCUGGGUCUGUGCAAGAACAACAACAAGAAGCAGGCAGCUGCCAAGUUCUACAGCUUCCUGGUGCUAAAGAAGCAGCAGGCAAUCGAGCUGACGCAGGCCGAACCCUACAGCGACAUCAUAGCCUCACCUGGGCCGAGGUUUCAGAUUAUAUAAGCAGUCUGUCUCCGGCCAUCCUACACUAGCAGGUUUUAAUCUGCAAGAAUUUGUUUGUAUAUUAUGUUUUUUUUUUUUGGGCAGUGUUUGAGAAUUAUGUCUGGUUUUUUAUCAUGGUUCAGAUUUUUCUGCAUUUCCGGUCCGGUGAUGAAAGUUGUUGAACAUUUGACGCAUUUAGUCAUUAUACAUUAUUCCAGACUGCAGCAGUUUUUUUUUUUAAUAUAUCUUGGGGCUAUUUGUCUUUUAAGGACCACUAGUUUAGUGGCUUUCAGCAUUCCGUUAGAUUGGUUUACAUGUUACCAAGUGCGUUUUAUGGCUUUACAGUUUUAUUUAUGCAGACUAUAAAUGUUUUUACCAUUUUGCAAGAUCAGAAAGCAUCCUGCGUGAUCUUUACUCAUUUGAAUAAUGAGGAUGUGAACAUCUGUCGGUGCACAAACCAGUCAUAUUCCCACUUUGAUUUGUACCUGGAGAAUGUUUUAUUGUGGGGAAAGCGAACACUAACCCGUUUUAAAGUCACCCUCCAGUGCUAGUGUUUGUCUUAUGUUGUAUUGAAACUGCAUUUUCCAGCAGCUGAAACUGGGUGUUUGCCAUAAUUUUAACCACAAGCUUGAAAUCCUAAUCAGAUUUUAUGUGCAUAUGUUGCGUUUUCCCGAUCAGCCCCUCUGGUAUGUCAUGGAAAGCACACUUGAUGUGAAUGUAUGCGCUUAUGUAUGAAGAUGCUUUCAUUGUUGGGUCUUGGUGUCUCUGGGUUUCCCAUGCGGAAAGUGGGGCUUUAUUUCUCUGCAGCAAUGAAAAACGUUUUUGACCAGCUCUCCCUUAUGAAUCAGAAGGUAGCCAUUGAAGAACCAUGUCUGUAUUAUAAAGUAACCGGUUUCUAUUAAAUUGCUUCAAUGCAUACUUAUGUGCCUGUAAACUCGCAUCACUUUUUGUAUAAUAAAGACUUGUAGAUACCAUUGUGAUUCAAUGUUCAUCAUGUCAAUACUGUUUUGGUAGUCAUGCUUCAAGUUUAACAUUCGUUCUGCAGCUUAGUCACUGUGUAAUGUAUAACUUUUCUAAUAAACUUAUGAACACCU